UCAUAGUGAACUUUUUGAUGAUGUUGAUGUUGAUGUUGAUCUUGUUGAAUGUUGGGUGCCCUUGAAUGUUAUUUAUUCAGCACAAUAUUAACCUUGCACAACAUCCCUGUGAUUUGAAGGAGUCCAAAUUGUGGCAAAUAGAAGCAAUUCGUUAUUGUUUGAAACUGGAGCAUUUUGUUUUUGAUGAUUAAAUCUCAGCUUCUCCAAGGAAACAAGACAAAUUUACCAGUACAUGGACUUCAAAAUUCGACCACUGCUUCUAGAUUGACGAACCCGCGAAAUCCAGCCGGAGUGCACGUGGGUCGGAGCCCAAAAGCCAGAAGGCGGGCAGUUUCCGAAUCCCCGAUGGUCCGAAACUAUAAACUACUACCCAUUGCAGCAAGUUCACCGUUCAAUCGUCUCCCACCCACAGCUUUCCAACCAGCACUUCGUCCAUUAUCGCGUUGCUCAUCUAGGUCCCCGAAAAUGGCGCGUAACGAGGGUAUCAAACCAGAAAAUGAAGAGCAAUUGAAGGCCUUAUUCGAGCAGAAACGGGUUAUUCGAUCGAGCGUUCGCAAGGCCCUCAAAGCCAUGGACCCCUCCCUCAGAUCACAGGAAGACAAUGCAAUUCAGAAUAUCGUUUUGGAAGCUCCGUGGUUUAAAUCUAGUCAGAGAUUAUGUGCUUAUGUGAGUUGCAGUGCGUUAAGGGAAGUCGAUACGUCGAGAAUAUUAUCAGAGACUCUGCAACAUCCACCAAAAGAUGGUUAUUCGAAGAAGAUAUAUGUCCCGCGUGUGGAGGACAAGAAUAGUCACAUGAGGAUGUUCAAUAUUUCACGUAUGGAUGAUCUUAUUGCAAAUUCAAUGAAUAUCUUAGAACCAGCUCCAGUGGAUGGUGAUGGAAAUGAACGUGAAGAUGGUAACUUUAUGCUGACAAAAGACCCCAUUGAUUUAUUCCUCUUACCAGGACUUGCAUUUGAUAAAUCAGGAAGACGCCUAGGCCGAGGGGGAGGUUAUUACGAUACCUUCCUUAAGAAUUACCAAGAACUUGCAAAGGUGCGGAAUUGGAAGCAGCCCCUCCUUGUUGCACUGUCCUAUUCAGUGCAGAUAAUGGAUGAAGGAAUUAUACCACUCACUCCGAACGAUGUUUUAGUCGAUGUUCUUGUAUCACCUUCUGGUGUGAUUCCCAUCAGCUCAGCUGGGUUGGACAAAAUGAAAGUAUGAUACUGGACUCGAGAAUCAAUCUCUAACAAUGCCUACCUUCAUGAAAUCCUUGAAAUUCUGGAGUUUGGAAUCCUUGAAGCUGU